GGCAAUCCACACAAUUAACCUUCGCUGUAAGCAGCAAGCACAGCGUGUCUUUUGAACGACAAAUAAUUUCUCUUGUUAGGAGUCAACUGACUUUUAUUUACUUAAGAAAACUUGUCCUCUGAACUUUCAAUAGGGGAUUUUUCAUCAAAUUGUUCACAUUUUUCUGCUCUUAGUUGAGAAUCUUUGUUCAUGCAGCAUGGAAGAAAAAAGUUUUUCUCAGAAAAGUAAACUUAUACAUAGUGUUAUUCAUCCUGUAAGAAAAUCUUAUUCUUGUAGUAUAUGUAAUAAGAAUUUCUCACAAAGAUGUAAUUUGACUGCACACAGUCAUGUUCAUACUGGUGAGAAACCUUUUUCUUGUAGUAUAUGUAACAAGAGUUUUUCAGUAAGAGCUUAUCUGAUUAAACACAGUCGUGUUCAUACUGGUGAGAAACCGUACUCUUGUAGUAUAUGUAACAAGAAUUUUUCAGAAAAAGGUAACUUGACUAAGCACAAUCGUGUUCAUACUGGGGAGAAACCGUAUUCUUGUAGUAUAUGUAAUAAGAAUUUUUCAGAAAAAGGUGCACUGACUAUGCACAGUCGUGUUCAUACUGGUCAGAAACCUUAUUGUUGUAGUGUAUGUAAAAUGAGAUUCUCACGAAGAGAUGCACUUUCUCAACACAGUCAUGUUCAUACUGGUGCAAAACCGCAUUCUUGUAGCAUAUGUAAUAAGAGUUUCUCACAAAGAUGUAGUUUGACUCAACACAGUCAUGUUCAUACUGAUGAUAAACCUUUUUCUUGUAGUAUAUGUAACAAGAGUUUUUCAGUAAGAGAUUAUCUGAUUAGACACAGUCGUGUUCAUACUGGUGAGAAACCGUAUUCUUGUAGUAUAUGUAAUAAGAAUUUUUCAGAAAGACAUAAACUGACUAUACACGGUCGCGUUCAUACUGGGGAGAAACCGUAUUCUUGCAGUAUAUGUAAUAAGAAUUUUUCAGAAAGAGGUAAUCUGACUAUACACAGUCGUGUACAUACUGGUGAGAAACCUUAUUGUUGUAGUGUAUGUAAUAAGAGAUUCUCACAAAGAGUUGCACUUUCUCAACACAGUCAUGUUCAUACUGGCUAGAAACCUUAUUCUUGUAGUGUAUGUAAUAAAAGUUUUUUUUAAAAAGAU